AGAAAUUAUUCGUAAUUCAUCUCCUUUCCCUAUAGCUGCCCAGGUUAGUGAUAGACAACAUCAAUGGAUACCACCACUAUUAUUGAUGAAGUAGUGAAGACGGCGAACAAGGGCCUUCUCUUCCACUCUGUUUCCAUCGAAAACUAUACUCUGGAGGAUUGUCAAAUUGCUUACCAUGCUACCACAAACUCACUUAUCCAGACGAUCCGAUUUGUGCACAUCUUCUUCUGCUUCAUCGGCGUCGUUGCCUCAGCACUGUUUAUUUUCGUGCUGCUCUCACGUUCUUCCCAAAAUCUUCAUGUGAAUCUGCGACUGUCUCUGGCCAGCCUGAGCUUGGCGGCUUGGAUCGCUUGCACCCAGUUACUUAUUAUCGCUGUCUACAGUUUGGUUCAAACGCUAACAGAAGAUAAUCCCUGUAAAACCCUGUACGAAGCGAAAUGGUGCGCAAUUGCAAGAUUUCCAGUGGUGCUGUCCAUUUAUGCCACAUUGAGCGGAAUUCUCAUACUAGCUGUGGAACGUACCAUUGCAACUUUGAAAUACAAGACGUACGAGGUCCAUGGGUCACGCUUAGUGGCUCUCAUCCUUAUUGGAGCUCAGUGGCUAAUCUCCAUACUGCUCGCGGUGCUCUCAGUGCUCGUUCGGGCCGAUCCAGGCUAUGUGCACUACUGUACCGUCUACGUCUCUCAUCCCAGAACUGCCGUGUUUUCGCUUUGUGUCAUGUCGAUAUUGGAGGUGGCUGCAUUGCUCUACUUCAUAAUUCUUCUUCAAUCAAACCAACGAAGACAAGUGAAUGAAUUCGUGAACAACGCCAUGCAUACAUUAACGGAACGCUAUCAACUGCAGGAAAAUGUCCGUAUUAUGAGGAUUCUGAUCCCUUCAGUCACAGUUCAUGCAGUUCUCACAAUGAUAGGCCUUGUAUCAUUGCUAGUAUUCGCCAUCGUGUACAGAACAGCCGAAGAGCGAAUGAUAGUCAGAUUUGCGCCCUUUUCGGAGUUGGUGGUAUUGGUUGUACCAAUAUAUGCCGUCGUCUUUCCUUUCGUAGCAAUACUUUGGAAUAAGCAAUUAUGGCAAGCAGCAAGAAGAGCCUUGCCAUGCUUCUUCAAUGAGCGAGCGGUGCCUCCAUCCGAAGUCCGCCUGAUACCAGACCACACCAUAAUUGUUUCACGACCAAGCAAACAAAUGGAGCGAGACUCAGAUACACACUUUGAUAUGCUGCAGGAGAUGUGGAAGAAGUAA